AUGCUUUACCAGUCGGUUUUUUUCUUAUUUACCCCUCCCAUAUACUCCCAUAUAUGCGCUACCUAUACUCAACCUCACAUUAACGGACUGAUCAAUUAUAAGGCGAUACCACAGCUGGUUGGCUACAAAGCCCACUGUACCACAUGCUAUUCGAUUAAACAUGCUAAUGAGUACGAAUUUGGAUGCAUGGAUCCCGUGGCUGAAGUAAGAAUAUCUCAAAAGAAAACGUUACUGUAAGUGUUUUUAUUAUACUGUAGGUUAAACUAGCCAGAGCCCUAGCCCUAGCCCAGAUCCCUAGUCCAGAGCCCUAGCCUAGAGCUCUAGCCAAAUCCCUAGCUCAGAGCACUAGCUCAGAGCUCCAGCCUAAGCCCUAGCCCAGAGCACUAUCCCAGAGCCUUAGCCCAGAACCGUAGCCCAGAGUCCUAGUCCAGAGCCCUAGCCCAGAAUCCUAGUCCAGAGCCCUAGUCCAGAACUCUAGUUCAGAGUCCUAGCCCUAGUCCAGAGCCUUAGCCUAACCGUUAUCCUUAGCUAUAUCCUUGUUAGUAGUACUCAUACCUAAACAUCCACUAUAUUUUCAGUUCAAUGUGUAAAAAUCAAUCGACGGAGAUCACUUGUAGACAAGGUGUGUGUUGUUGUUCCAACCUUGACUGUUACGAUAGAUUCAGGAUGUUUCAUUCCCUGACAGAGAAGAACAAGUUACAGGAUAUAAUCGACCAAAUCGCUAUGGAUUCUUGUUACCUAUUUUCGAAGAAAAAAGGAAUUGGCAUGAAAAAUGACAAAAGAAAGGAAAAGGUUAUCCUCCAUGAUUAUAUCGUAAGUUUUACUGUAAUCUUAUAGUGCGAGUACCGUAUGGGUGAUAGUAAAAUUAUGGUAGGGUUGCAGUAAGACAAAAAUCUGAUUUUUUAAUAGAGCAAAGGGUAUUUCUAUUCGGUUGUUCAAAUAAUUCUGUGCACAAAUCCCAAAAUGUUUUUUUAAGAGGGGCACAGAAAUAACUGAACAAUCUAAUAGAAAAGGGUAUGACUUGAAUAGAGCUGGAUCUAAGUCUAGGGCUGUGAGCUAGGGCUCUGGGCUAGGGCUCUGGCGAAGGGCUCUGGGCUAGAGCUAGAGCUAGAGCUAGAGCUAGAGCUAGAGCUAGAGCUAGAGCUAGAGCUAGAGCUAGAGCUGGAGCUGGAGCUAGAGCUAGAGAUAGAGAGAGCUAAGGAAUAUGGCAGGACUUUAACCGAAAAGCUAGGAUAUAGCUAGUGUUUAAAACAAUUAUGUUUAGCUUCAAAACAAAGCCUCAAAACGCCUGAUUUGUGGAUUGUGCAUGAUGAGAAUCCGAAUGAAUUCAUUAGAAGCUCUAUGCCUGGAAAAGUCAGAAGUUGGAGUUUGCGAUAGUUAUAAAACAAUGGUUGGAAAUGCUGUCAAUUGUAAUCCUGACCAAACUGAAUGUUGUUGUAAAGUAAGGUUUUACUAAUAUAAUAUAUUGUACCUACAUUUAAAUAUGUCAUUUUUGACAUUUUUAGGUAACAUUUGAGCCAUUUUUUCACAUUUUCUAAAUUUUUGAAAUUUAUGACGAAUUCUAUGAAAGUUAUCCUAUUUUUAUGACAAAAAUACGAAUCUAAUAUGCUAGUUAAUAUGAAUUUAGGGACCAGCAUGCGCCUACAAAUUCCUUGAGAUAUUCCACAACUAUGUACCCAGCCCAGAUAAAACAUCAAACAGCUCCAACAGGUUAUUCACGUCACUUUCAACCUUAUUUUUGACCAUAUUCGCUAUUGUUAACCUAAUAUUUAAAUAA